AUGAAAGAAGACGAAGAGAAAAAAAAAGCGGCAGAAAAAGCGAAAGAGGGAAAAGGGAAGGCGGCGGAGGGAAACCUUAGCCUGGUCACGGAGCUCAAGAGACUCGGGGACAGGACGACAGAGGGGGGUGGUCCAUGGCAGGAGGUGGACCGGCAAGGCACGCCGGAGGACGACGAGAAAGGUGCGAGAUAG